AUGAAGCGUGCUAUUCAAAGGUAUUUGAAGCUUCGUAAAACUUUCCUCGUUCUAAUGGGGUUUAUUUUAGUCGUCUUUACCUUACAAUUUUUCAAUUCAUUAGUUUACCACUCACUUCCACUCGAAAUAUUUGAUAAUGAUAAUGUCGACACCAAUAAGGUAGUUGUGGAUAUUAAAAUACAGAGAUGCUUUAAAUCUGGUAGUUGCAACAAAUCUCCGGGUUGGAAUAGACUUUCUAAGCCAUUGAAUAUGUUCUCCAAGUCGAUGACGAUGUAUGACUAUCAUCUAGUUGUAAAAUGUGAACAGAUAAAUCAAGCCACUAGAAUUAUGACUGAUUUUCAAAUAAUUACUGGCCCGGUUGCUCCAAAAGGUGAUGGUUGGGUACAAGAAUCCUAUAAAAAUUUGAUAUUAUGGAAACAAUACACGAACACCAAUUCUCCAGAAUUUGAAUCUGCUCAAUUAAUUCGAGAGGUAAAUAUUUUGUUUGGAGACAAAGAUUUACAUGAUUCAAGAGCACAAUGGGAUUUUCAGUAUCAGGAGUCGCCAAUGCCAUUCAAUUCGUUAUUGCCAGUGCAUUUGUCACUAUUUAAGCUUUCAAGGUCAGAAGAACAGGAAUAUCUUCAAAACUUUACAGAUUUUAGCGUUUUAAAGCGAGAAGGAAAUAUACUCACAGAAAAGUCCAAUUUUAGGAUAAUGCAAAUAAGUGAUCUUCACUUCAGUUCUGAUUAUGAAGUAUGUGAUGAUCGUGGUUGCAAACUGGAUACAAAGACUCUAAAAUUCAUCGAAGAUUCUCUUGAAUCAGACAAUAUUGAUUUUGUUGUAAUAACAGGCGAUCUAAUUGAUCAGUUUAAAGUGAAGGACUUUAAAUCUGUAAUAUUAAAGGGAUUAGCACCAAUAUUGCGUAAAAAAAUCCCUUUCAUUUUCACAUUCGGUGAACUGGACAGCAACGAGUUUAAUAAUAAGAACAGUAAUAUUAUCAAGUUUCAAAUUUUACAAUUCAUUUCGACUUUACCGAAUUGUUAUAAUUACGUUCCUAACCAAGAAAACCAUGUGCAUGGCUUAACCAACUACAAUCUCAAGCUUAUACGAAAUCAGAAUUCCGUUCCAAGUGCUAUCUUUACUGUACUUGAUUCUGAAAGCCAUAAAAUAGACGCUUCUCAAAUUAAUAGUCUCUAUAGACUAAACAAAGACUUGCCCCAAAAUCUAUUCAAACUAUUGUUCUUUCACUAUCCAUUGCCAAAUUUUAGACCCACUGGUAAGUUCAAGUUAAUUGGAUCCUACAAUGAAAAACAUCAGUUGAAUACAGAAACAAGUCAUAGCUAUCGGGAUGAUAUUGUCAAUUGCGGCUAUAAUGUUAUUUCUGUCGGACAUGAGCAUGAAAAUGACGCAUGCGUCCUUAGUGAAAAACACGAUCCAGAGACUAAAGAGAAUAUAAAUGAAGCAUGGCUUUGCUACAGUGGAAUCACUGGUGAUUCUGGUGUUACCAAGUUAAAUGAAGACUCUGACCGAAAACUAAGAGUUUUUGAAAUAAUAUUCGAUAAUAAAAGAUUGAUCAGUUGGAAGAGAAGUCUGAACAAAGGCAUUGGUUUUGAUUAUCAAAUUAUUCACCAAUUUGUAUAA